AUGGGGAAACGCAUUAAGCGGUUCGCGGAACUUGGGCGAAACGGCUUCGAAAUAAAAUGCACUAAUGAUCGCUCGAUUCAACCUGAUAACUUUCAUAUCUGCAAUACUGAAGCAAUUUACGGACCAUAUAAAGCUACAUAUGAUACGUAUGAGAUUUGUAAAGGACCAAAGAUGACGGACUGUGGUGAUGUAAAACUAAAUAACCUGCAAAAUUAUAGUAAUGUGAUAUAUUCACUGGACUUCCGCAAGAGAUGUUCUAUUACCAAGGCUAAGGUUGUAAUUGCGCAAGUGAAGGAUAGUAAUAGAACAAAUAAAUUAUGGAAUUAUCAACUGAGUAAGCCAUGUCAGCAUUUCGUACUUGGGCCUAUAUUGAAAAAGGCUUUUAAUUUAUCUGAUAAUUGCAUGGUGGCAAAGGGCCAUUACGAAGUACCCAUUAAUAUGCAUGAGAUAAACGCUAAUUUUCUGGGCGGAAGCUUCUUCUACGAUACUUAUUCUUUCAAGGUUAUAGCUUACAAUGACCGUUAUAAUUUCAUCUGCGUCUACUGCGUCGUGGUAUUGUCUCCACUGUGA